AUGGUCCAGGUCUUCUCUGCUGCCUGUUGCUUUAGGGAAUCCAGCCUCUCAAUUCAGUGUCGUCGGAGUCCGUCUCUAGUUGUCGGUCCCUGGCCGGAGCCUACAGAUGGGGUUCAGUUCUCAUUGUCUGUAGACCUUGAAGGUUUCCCUCCCCAUCUCCUGCCGUCCACGUCUGCCGGGACAGUCCCCGUGCGGGACGCGGGUCCGAGGCCGGCGGACUCUAAUGCCGCGGGCCCGCGCUGCCCACGGCCGCUCCGGAGCCGACGUGCUGGGUCGAGCGCCGGGAGCGGGCGGCGCGGGCGGCGCGACCGGCUGAGGCCGCCGCGCGCGCGCCCGGAGCACGCCCUCCCCCUGCGCGUGCACCCGCUCCCUGCGCCUCCGGCCGGCCCGUGGGCGCGCGCCGCCCCACCCUCCCGAGCUGCGGGCGCGGACCGCGCUGCUGGGCUAGCCGCGGGCGUGGCGCGCGUGGGGCGCGGUGGGAGCACGAGCGAGCUGCUGCGGCGGCGGCCGAGGAACGGGCGGUCCGGGUGCCAGGGGGCGCCCGCACGAGUAGCCGGCGCUGCGGCGCAGAGACUGCGCCAGCCCGGCCGCCCGCGGCAAGGUCAGCGCGCCCCGGAGCUGGCCCGGGUCUGGGCUGCAGGCGUUGUAGCGAGGCUCCCACCGACCCUCUCCCAGGGCAGAGCAGGGUACGUGCGGAUGCUGCCACCAGCCAACACCUGCUCGGGCUGGGAAGAACGCACCUAUCCGACUCUAUCAGCGCACCCACCCAGGUCUCCGGGCUCAGCAUGGGGCACUUACCGUCAGGUUGCCAGUGGGAUGGUGGGGCUCUGUUCGAGGGAUCUACUCUUAGAUGCCAGCAUCCAGGAUCUAGUACCAGCUCUAUUGUCAGUAUCACCAAAAGUCUGAGGACACAUCACCA